AUGGAGGUGUCUUCGGAGCCACAUCACCAACCAAAUCAUCAGAGUCAUCAUCACCAAGCUCGGCCCGCCCAUGCUGCUGUCUCCUCUCUAGUCCCAUGCAGCUUCUUUCGAUCUCCACCUCAGCUUGACAGCUCUGGGCUCUGCUAUGGAGUUGAAGGAGAGACUGUGGGGCUCUACUCUCAGUGGUCUGUCAUGCCACUGAAGUCUGAUGGGUCUCUUUGCAUUAUGGAAGCCCUCGGCAGAUCACAGCAGCAAGGAAUGGUGCCAUCUCCAUCCCCAAAACUGGAAGACUUGUUAGGUGGUGGUCCAAACAUGGGGUCCCAUCAUCAGUUUGGGAACAAUGACGGAGAAGCAAUGGCCUUGAGCUUGGACAGCGUAUGCUACCACCAAAACUCACAGCCUUCGGGCGGUAGAAGCCAUCCCUUAGAGCUCCUCCAGGUGCAGCAGCAUCAGCAGGAGCAUCAAUACUUCCAGCCAUUGCAAGAAGGCUUGUGCUCUGGUUUAGCAGGCCAUGGAGUGUAUCAUGGUCCAUUGGAGGAACCAAUGGCAGAUGAUGGGAUCCCAAGCUUGAAAAAACUGGGUAGCUGGGCACUAUAA